AUAUUAACCCCUAGAAAAGACCUGAUUAUCGUUUUCCGCAUCGAGCACAUCUUGAGAGCAGACGGCAGCCUGCAGAGCCUCAUCAACGGCCUACACGUCGGCUACUUUUGUCCGCUUGCGGUGACUGAAUGCCUGAGCGCCGACUUCCUCCUCGGAUUAUUCACAGAAACCCGGGCGGCCUCGAUGCAGGCAGGUCUUCGAGUCGGGUUCGUUCGAUUCUUGAUGAGGAGUACCGAGGCCAGUCUCGCGACGCUAGCUGUGACUGGGGUCAUGAGGACCAUGACGCACUCUCUGAAUAUAUAUCAGAGCAAUUUGGUGACAAGCUACGCAGAUCGAGUUGCGUAUACGCUGGAAUAA